AGUUCAUUAUGGCGCCAAAUCUCUCUCUCUAGUCUCUCUCUCUACUCCGCCGCUCUCUCAGCGAUGCAGUCAAUAUCGAUUUCCAUGGAGGAGUAAGCGACUUGAACAUUGAUUUUUCCUUCAACUUACAGAUGGAAACUCUAGAGCUUCGUCUUCCUCAAUUCUCAGAGGAUUUAGCUUGGCUUCCUUGCUGGCUUCAGGAUAAUCAUACAACGCCAUCCAGUGAGCAAGUAAUAGAAUGUGAUUACGAAUCAGCAAUCAAGGAGGUUGGGUACGGAAUCAUCAAUAAACUUGAAGGUGCAAAUCUCUAUCCAAAAGACAGUGGAUGCAACAGAUUUCAUUUAUUUCUAUCUGGACAGGACAACAUAUCCGAAAGUGUAGCUGCAUCAUCUAAUAAUCAGGCACUUCAUUUUCAUUUACAUCUUUCAUCAUAUGGUGGUUCGGAGUGUACUUCAACUCAACAUUUGGAUGGAUCUCACCAAUUGCCUGAAUAUAAUAAAGUUCAGUCGAUCAGUUUGUUUGAAGCAUCACUUGAUCCCAGGGAAAAUAUUCCUUUCCGAAAGGGCAUUAAUGCUGGUGACACAGAUUUGCCACCUCAUUCUAGCAACAAAGAUUUGUUGGACAAUGUUGACUGUCAAUCUCUGAACAAUACUGAAGAUUGUGAAAUCCGGCAGGGAGAAAAAUUGGAUGUUGGCUGGCUUAAAAAUGCUGAAGCUAACGAUGCAAUUGAGCUCUCUGUUGUGGCAUCUGAAGCACUGGUUAUACACGACUUAUUGCAGGCUGAGCUAGAUUCAGAAGCGUUAUCAGUUGAAGCUGUCCUCGAAGUUUCCAUCCAGGUAAAAAAGGCUCGCAUUGAGGUGCUGGAAAGUGCCUAUGAAAGCGUAGACGAGGAAGUGGACUUGACCAAUUCUCUUUCAGAUCUGGAUGAUUUCAUAAUGAGAGAUGCAUUUGAUGAUGUAGGACUACCUUGCAGUAUUUUGAAUAGUGAUCGUUGCAAAACCACAUGUUUUGAUGUUCAAGAUACGCCUGUAAAUAACAAUGAAUUCACACAUGGCAGUCAAUGUAAUUCUGUAGAUAUGACACGUCAACCAGACAUUUUGGGGAAUGGAUUAACCCUGAAACAGUUCGAAGAGAAUCUUGUUGUGACAAAACCUGUGGGCUUGCCUUUGGAAGAUCUGAGUUGUAACGUUCAACAUCAACUUUCUGAUGAUGAUGAGUUAGGUUCAACUAGUCCAAACUAUUGUAAAUAUAACUCAAUGUCGCAACACCCAGCUCAAAAUGGAUCAGACGAGUUUGUUGUGAAACAGAAAAUUGUGUCGUCUACAGUUAAUACAAAUUUGUGUACAAACGAUGCCAAAGAAUACUCCAGCCUACAUGAGUGCAAUAAAGUGUCAACAAAAAAUGAUGAACAAGUUGCUUUCUUAACUCCCGAGAGAUUUCAGAGUCGUUGGUUGGGUGGUUGGUCAGUUAAGGAACUCAUUUCUGAGCAAUUGAGACAAAAUGUUGAUGGAAAAACCAUUCCUUCGAUGUUUGUUAAUGAGACGAGCUUUCUUUCUGAAUCUGCUGAUAUAGCUCCAGAUGAGAACUCUUAUGUGCAAAGAUGUGAAUCCAAGUUUCAAGUUGCUUCACAGUCAAGUGUACAUUUUGGUCAUUUGGACGAAAAAUGUGACAACGGUUUGCUGGUAACUGAAGAAGUCGUGAAAUGUAGCCUAUCCUCGGUCGAUCCUCUUUGUUCUUUUGUUCCGUGCAGCAUUUCAUUGGACACUGAUUGUGCUGGACAGAAUCUGAAUGAAGGAAAAGAUUGUACGAAAGAAUGCUCAGGCACCUUUGUGGAUGUUGAAGGUUCUAGGCCUUCAAUUCGAAGGCAGCUAACUUCACUUAAAAAUUACAGCACAAUUUUGCCCACUCAUGUUGAUGUGGAAGGGGGACUGGACAACAAUUAUGCACAUCAACUACAUGGCAAUAUGAGCCUGCUAUCAUCAGAUUCUCAUCUGGGUUGUACAAGACUUUCUUCUAAAACAAAUUUUAUGGAGACUUUACCCUCUGAGCCUACUGAAUCUAGAGAAAUGGAUAUUGUGGAGGACAGCCAAACCGAUGCUGACCACAAUUUGGUUGAGGAAAUAACAGAACUGAAAAGAAAGAGUGAUGAAGUUGCAGGUGAUGGGAGCGAGUUCCUUGUUCAUUCAGUGAAGAAAAGGAAAAUCCGUGAUAUCUUAAAUGAGAGUCUGCAGCUAUCGAAAUCUAUAAUGAAGAAAUCCUCUAUCAAGAAAGAUCAUCUACAGGGUACGGUGUCUGAUCCCCAAAAGGUCAAAAACGUCGUGAAGAUGCAACUUAAAAAUAAGACUCCCCUUGAACCAUGUAUGUUGGUGCAGAAGAGAGUCCAUUUCUUAGAAGCUAAUGAUCAGCCUCAAGCAAACUUGGACUUUCAAAAAGUACAUCCUCCAAAAAAUUAUUCUACUCUCAGAACUGGUAAAAGGCAGAAGUUUUCUAAUCAAUGUUUAGUAUCUCGUCACCAUGAUGGUAAAGGUCAUCUCAAGAGUCGCUACUAUAGGAGCAGGAAGAAAUUAAUAUUUCAAGGUAUACAGUUCUUGGUAACGGGAUUUUCUAGUCGUAAAGAAAAGGAUAUUGAUGGAUUAGUAUGUGAUAAUGGAGGUAUAGUUCUUCCCGACAUUCCUAGUCCAAGUUCAAGGGGGCAAAAGAUUUCAAAAUCAAACUGUAAGGGGCCUCCUGUUAUUCUCUCUUCAAAGAAGCUCCAAACAACAAAAUUCUUGUAUGGAUGUGCGGUGAAUGCCCUUAUAGUCAAUGUCAGUUGGCUUACAGAUUCCAUUGCUGCUUGUUCCAUGUUACCACCGUGGAAAUACAUGAUCAUAUCAAAUCAAGCUGAUUGUACUCAAAUUGGAAGAUCAGUUAGACACCGUAAUCGAAGAUAUAUAUUUGAGAAUGUUGGAGUCAUGCUUCAUGGGAAACAAGGUUUCUGCACCAAAUUGACAACUGUAUUAAAGCAUGGAGGUGGACAGGUAUUCAAGACCCUACAGUGGUUAGUAAAGAGCCUAAAUAGGGAGAAGAUUUCAUUUGGAGUCAUCGUAGUCGAAGACGAGCGCAAGGCAUCCCGUCACUUGAAGCAAUGUGCCUUGGAACAAGGGAUACCAUUGAUGUCUAUAAAAUGGGUCAUAAAGAGCUUACACUUGGGAGAGCUACUUCCUUUGGCAGAAAACAAUCGGCCCUCUUCUAUACGAACUACAAAAAUGGUAAAUAUUCCAGCUUUCAAAGAAACUGGCGUGGAAUUAUAAGUUGCCGUUUCAGAGUUUAUUUAUGAGGUAAAUAUGUUAUAUUAGCACUAGUUCUAGAAGUGUGUAUUUUUCUCAAAAAGAUGUAUUGUAGUUUGUUCCGUCAUGUGAUAACCAUUCAUAUUGAGCAUAUAAAUAGAUGAAGUUAACUAAAAUAGUCGAUGUUAAUAUCUGAUAACUUGGGUCUAAAUGAGAGCCCAUACGAGUAUUACUUCCAUUCAUUGUUAGUCAUUCUAGAGAUCUAGUAACAUCGAGUGCUAGAAAAAUUUUCAAGUUAUCAUACGAGACUCUUCUACAAUAUAGAUUGUUGGUGCAAGAAAUUCGCAAGUGUUCGUCAUUGUGGGCCUCUCAAGGGAUCAUCCUUGACCUGCUAUAUCUAGUAUGGUCUUGAUUUUUGAGUUGCCCUGUGUAAGAGUUUCCUACACUGGUGUAGUACUGAGUCUACCACACUUUGAUGCCUAAGUGCAUCAUAUAGUUCAGCUAAACACACAAUAGUAAGGUUGGAUGUCUCCUUGGGAUAUUUCUUACUCCUCUUAAAGGGUCGUCGAAUGAGGCUAUUUAUAAUAUUCUCCUUUUGACAACUCUGAUGAUGUCAAGAUAGUUGAUAUAAGAAAAAUAGGGGUUGAUUGGGUAAUCAGACAAUAUUCUAUGUUAAUUCCCUUUUGACCCCACUAGUAAUAGGACUUCCUCUCAUGUAUGAAACAUAUUAUUAUUCUAAUAAAAGAUUCACAAUCUUGAUUCUUGGAGGAUUAUUCCCGCUACUUAAUUCCUCAAGGUGGUUGUAAUUGUAGCCCUCAAGGUUGUAGGGUGCCAGACUGAGCACAACUCCAUUAUUUCUUAAUCAAUAUAUAUACUCACUAACUUGGUUGGCCGGUAUGAAACUCUAAACUCUAACUUUUCUCUUUUGGGACAUGCAUUUCCCCAUACCUCUUCCGAAUAUCUCUUGAGCUUGGGCUCACCUGUGGGCAAUUGAAGAAUUACUCCAAUAAACAUAGUUUAUUUGCAAGGUCUAAAAUUCCAUAUGCAAACUUCUCUAGAGGGAACUAUAUUUUAAACUCAAUUACAUUCGUUUUACCCACAAAUUUCAUCCACGUAUUUGGGUUUU